AAAGAAGAUUCUGUUUUCUUACCUGUUUCUCUCUUCAAUCUAAUGUUUCCUUCUCUAGACACCAAUGGCUAUGUCCUCUUUGAUACCUUCAGUCCUCGUCAAACAACCAUACUUCCUCCUUUCACUACCCACAUUCAAAGCCCUAGUUCCAACCAUCACUUCCCUUCUCCUUCUUUUUCUUUUUCUCCAGAUUUUCUUGAAAAUGCUGAUGAAUCUUUCUUGUUAAGCCAAUUCUUGUUUCAGGAGCAAGACGCAGCAGCAAAUGUUGUUGAAUCUCCAAGAAAAGUUUGCAAGAAGCUUGAGAAAAAGAAGCAUAAUGACAAGUGCGUUGAGGAGGACACUACCUCAUCAGAAAAGGUUUCAGAGAGAAGAAUGGCUAAGAAAAGGGACAGGCAUAGUAAGAUCUGCACGGCUCAAGGUCCUAGAGACCGGAGGAUGAGGCUGUCUCUUCAGAUUGCUCGCAGGUUUUUCGAUCUUCAAGACAUGUUGGGUUUCGACAAAGCCAGCAAGACGAUCGAAUGGCUUUUCUCCAAAUCAAAGGCUUCAAUCAAACAACUUAAAGAAAGUGUUGCUGCAUCGGAAGGAGGUGAAGAUGAUGAACAUUCCCAGGCUAAUGAAAAGGCAAAGGAUGAGAUUCUUAAAGUGAAAGUUUCAAAGAGAAGGACAAAGACGAUGGAGAGCUCUUGUAAGAUGAAGGAGUUGAGAGAGAGAGCUAGAAAACGAGCCAGAGAGAGAACCAUAACAAAGAUGAAGAUGAGAUUAUCAGGACUAGUUGACACCUCGGAAACAAUUUCAGAUCCUCAACAAGCAACAAGAGAGAUCAAGAUAAGCAAUGGUGCACAAGUACUAGAUGGGAAAAAUCAAGAGCAAGAAUGGAGUACUAAUGUGAACAUGGUAGAGUAUCAAAUGGAUUCUGUGAGCAUCAUAGAGAAGUUUCUUGGACUAACCAGUGAAUCUAGCUCCUCUUCCAUCUUUGGAGACUCCGAGGAAUCUAACACAAAUCUUAGCUCAAUAAGAGGAGUUGUGGCACCAAGUGAACACAACACAGCUUCAAUAGCAUCAGUAGAUGAGGAGACGAACCCUAUUUCAUCUUUUUCUCUAUAUGAUUAUCUCUGCUACUGAUGAUCAUGAGGCUUCAUCCUUCUGAGGUAUUUGAAGUUUAUGUUCUAUGCAUUAACAUAAAAGCCUCACUGAGACAAAUCUAUCACAUAUAUAUAUAA